CAUAACCUAUGUUGAAAGAAUAGGAAUAUCUUGAUUUUGACCAUCUCUUCGUGUGACCGUGAGGUUGAAUGUGAUUAACUUUUUGAACCUUUGCCUCGCGAUUUCUCAUUGAAUCUAUAUUUAAUUUUACUCAUAUCAAUUCUAAAAUUAAUAUAAUUAUAUAAAAUGUCUUGGAUUUUUGGUUACGGUAAAAAAGAUCCUCAACUUCUCGAUCCAUCUCAAGAAAUGCCACCAGGUACCGGUAAAACAGAAGGAGGAGGUCUUCAAAUUUCGGAAUCAGACAUGAAAAAAAUGGAAGCGUAUAGAUUUGAUUCUGCGGCUUUGGAAAGAGCAGCUCAAGCUGCAAGAGAACUUGAAAAAUCUAAGCAUGCCAAGGAGGCGCUGGAACUGUCAAAAAUGCAGGAGGUGACCAAACAGCAAGAGUUGAUGGUGAACAUGAAGGCGUAUGAGGCGGAGAUAGAGAGAGGCAAGGUGCAACAGAAACAGGUGGAUGCUGAAGAGAGACGGAAGACUCUGCAGGAGGAGACCCGCCAACAUCAGGCGAGAGCUCAGUAUCAAGACCAGUUGUCACGAAAGAGGUAUGAAGACCAACUGCUUCAGCAGCAGAAGAUUAAUGACGAGAAUCUGAGAAGGCAGGAGGAGUCAGUUGCCAAGCAAGAAGCCAUGAGAAAAGCAACUGUUGAACAUGAAAUGCAACUGCGCGCCAAUUUGGAGAUGAAAAAGAUUCAGGCGGAGAUGGAGGCGAAAGCCAAAGCCGACCGGGAGAACAGAGACAUCAAUUUGGAGCAGAUUCGGCUGAAAGCUGUCGAAAAUAGGGCCACCAUUUUGGAAUCUAUCAAGACAGCGGGGUCAGUGAUCGGGGCUGGAGUGCAGUCGCUGCUCACUGACUGGGACAAGAUGAUGGUGGCGGCGGGAGGGCUGUCACUGCUCGCCCUGGGCGUCUACUCGGCCAAGGGUGUCACCGGCGUCACGGCGCGCUAUGUCGAGGCACGACUUGGAAAGCCGUCUCUGGUGAGAGAAACGUCCAGGUUCUCGUUGUUGGAUAGUGUACAACACCCAAUAAAAACAGUGAAAAAGCUGGUGAAUAAGCCCAGCGAUGCAUUGGCCGAUGUCAUCUUGGCUCCCGAAUUAGAGGAAAGAUUGAGAGAUGUAGCAAUCGCAACCAAAAAUACCAAAAAGAACCGCGGUGUUUAUAGAAAUAUAUUGAUGCAUGGUCCGCCAGGUACCGGAAAAACUAUGUUUGCUAAGAAACUGGCUCAGCACUCAGGAAUGGAUUACGCCAUCAUGACAGGUGGUGACGUGGCACCCAUGGGCAGCGAGGGGGUCACAGCUGUGCACAAGGUGUUUGACUGGGCGGGAGGCACGCGAAGGGGUCUACUGCUGUUCAUUGAUGAGGCGGACGCGUUCCUGCGCAAGCGCAGUUCGGAGACAAUUUCUGAAAACCUGCGCGCCACACUCAAUGCAUUCCUCUACCGUACAGGCGAACAGAGUGACAGAUUUAUGCUGGUAUUGGCCAGUAACACACCGGAGCAGUUCGACUGGGCGGUGAACGAUCGCCUCGACGAAAUGGUGGAGUUCAACUUGCCCGGACACGAGGAGAGAGAGCGCCUCGUCAGGCUCUACUUUGACAAGUUUGUGUUGCAGCCGGCGCUAGAAGGAAACAAACGCCUGAAACUGGCGCAGUUCGACUACGGCCAGCUGUGCAGUGAGAUGGCGCGCCUACUGGACGGCCUGUCGGGCAGAGAGAUCGCCAAACUGGGCGCUGCCUGGCAGGCGGCCGCAUUCGCGUCGCACGACGGCGUCCUCACCGAGCAGAUGGUGCGCGACAAGUGCAUGGACGCCGUCAACCAGCACAAGCAGAAGGUGGAAUGGCAGAGCGAACAGGAGCGACGGGAGUCGAAAAGCAUAGGUUACCAGUCGGCCAAAGACAGCAGCACCACUAUUGUCAAGAAAUCCAAGUCACAGCAGGCGAAAUCGACAACAUCUUCCUCCGCGGAUCCGGUCAAAGCUGUUCCGAAAAGCUGAUCCAAGCCUCGCACUAAGAAGUCGUCGCCAUCAUAGUCAGUAUUUCAUUCAUUCAUUCAUUU